UGAGGGGUGGAGCCAGCCAGCCCCGCGGAGAAGACCCAGCCCAGGUCCAGAGCCGAGGGGAGGAGCAGCGGCAGAAUCCUGCUCUGGCUGAGCGCCCUCCAAGGUAGACGAGCCCCUGCAAUCCGCGCACAGGUCACCCCCAGGGAAUCUGGCUUUAAUGUGAUGGAAACACUCUUGAACUUGGUGUCCAAAACAUGAAGGUUUGACUCUGAGCUCUGUUAGUUUUACUGUGAUUUGGGCUGGACUUCACAAUGACCACAGUUCCCCUGAGGGGCAAGAUAGAAGAUCAUUCUGCCUCAUUUGAGUCCACCUCAGCUCAUAUUAUUGAAGAAACUGAAUAUGUGAAAAAGAUUCGAACUACUCUGGAAAAGAUCCGAAACCAAAUAUUUAAAGAUGAAGUGAGACAUAACAGUACAAAUCACAGACUAGAUGCAAAGCACUAUGGAAACAUUCAAAAUGCCUCUGACUCUGAAAUGGAUCCUUCUUGCAGUUUGGAUCUGCUCAUGGAAAGGAUAAAAGGAAAAGACCGGCAGCUCUUAGAGAUGAACAAAGAGAAUGAAGUAUUGAAAAUCAAGCUGGAAGCCUCCAGAGAAGCAGGAGCGGCGGCUUUGAGAAAUGUGGCCCAGAGAUUAUUUGAAAACUAUCAAACACAGUCUGAGGAAGCUAGAAAGAAGCAUGAGGACAGUAGACACUUACUCCAGGUUAACAAACUUGAAAAAGAACAGAAAUUGAACCACCAUGUUGAAAAUCUGAAUCAAAUUGCUGAAAAGCUUGAAGAAAAACAUAAUCAAAUCACGGAGUUGGAAAAUCUUGUACAGAGAAUGGAAAAGGAAAAGAGAACACUGCUAGACAAAAAACUGUCUUUGGAGAACAAGCUGCUGCAUCUCAAAUCCACCACUACUUAUCCUAAAAGUUGCCAGGAUCUUCAAAAGGAGAUUUCCCUCCUCCAGGAGCAGAUCGCUCAUCUACAGUUUGUGAUUCACUCCCAGCAUCAGAACCUGCGAAGUGUCAUCCAGGAGAUGGAAGACUUAAAAAAUAAUUUAAAAGAACAAGAUAAAAGAAUUGAAAAUCUGAAAGAAAAAGUGAACAUACUUGAAGCCCAGAACAAAGAACUAAAAACCAAGGUGGCUCUUUGUUCUGAAACUCCCAGGACAAAGGUGUCUAAGGCUGUCUCUACAAGUGAAUUGAAGACUGAAGGCACAACCCCAUAUCUGAUGUUGGUAAGGCUGCGGAAAUGAGCUGGCUGCCUGGAGAUCUGAAUGAGGAAGAUCACCAUGUGGGUCUUAUUUAUUCCUUGAAACACAGUCUAAGUGUACAUAUUAAAAUGGCUCGGUGCCAGUAUUUAAUGGAA